AUCAGCAGCUGUCUUACAUUUUGCCACCGUUGUCUAUCCAGUCAGCAUUUGCUUUUUAUGAGAGCAGCACGUAGGACAGUUUUUGGAGAACGAGAGUGUGGCUGCGCGGCGCGCGGUGAGGGCUGACAGGGCUGUCCUCCAUGUUGUAAUAAGCAUUGACAUAUCAUACAGAAUUGUUAGACAUGCAUCCACAGAGAUGAGGUAAGGACGACUGGCACUCCAACAAAGGAAGAUGGAAAGCUCAACGCGAUCUAAAGCACAAGAUGCAGGCUCAACAGAGCGCACGAGCCAGAAACGAAAGAUGCCAAGUCCCUCUCACUCAUCAAAUGGUCAUGCCUCUGCUGACACCUCCCCGAGCCCAGUGAAAAAGAAGAAGAAACCAGGUGCUGUAAGCAGCAAAGACCAGUCAGAACUAAGACAUGGUCCCUUUUACUAUGUGAAGCAGCCAGCACUCACCACAGACCCUGUUGAUGUUGUACCACAGGACGGCAGGAAUGACUUCUACUGCUGGUUGUGCCACCGCGAGGGUCAGGUGCUCUGCUGUGAGCUCUGCCCCAGGGUGUACCACGCCAAGUGCCUCAAACUACCAGACGAGCCUGAGGGCGACUGGUUCUGUCCGGAGUGUGAGAAAAUUACAGUUGCUGAAUGUAUUGAGACUCAGAGCAAAGCCAUGAUGAUGCUGACUAUAGAGCAGCUGUCUUAUCUACUAAAGUUUGCUCUUCAGAAGAUGAAACAACCAGGUGAUCAUCCUCGCUUGUCAUCUCGCUCUCCCCAUGCAGCUUCCACGCAGAGAAAGACUUUUAAUUGGACUGAACUCUUCCAGAAACCUGUUUCCCUUGAUCAGCAUCCUGACUAUGCUGAAUACAUAUUUCACCCAAUGGAUCUUUGCACUCUUGAGAAGAACAUCAAAAAGAAAAUGUACGGCUGCACAGAGGCCUUCUUGGCAGAUGUAAAGUGGAUUUUGCAUAACUGCAUAAUAUACAAUGGAGGCAACCACAAACUAACAGCCACAGCUAAGGUUAUCGUCAAGAUCUGUGAACAUGAGAUGAACGAGAUUGAAGUCUGUCCUGAAUGUUAUUUGUCUGCUUGUCAAAAGAGAGACAACUGGUUCUGUGAACCAUGUGGUAAUCCUCACCCUCUGGUUUGGGCCAAGUUGAAAGGUUUUCCCUUUUGGCCAGCUAAAGCGCUGCGUGACAAAGAUGGACAGGUGGAUGCUCGCUUCUUCGGUCAGCAUGACAGGGCUUGGGUCCCUUUAAAUAAUUGUUACCUCAUGUCCAAAGAGAUUCCAUUCUCUGUGAAGAAGACCAAAAGCAUCUUCAACAGUGCCAUGCAAGAGAUGGAAGUCUAUGUGGAGAACAUGAGGAAGAAAUUUGGCGUCUUUAACUACGCCCCUUUCAGGACACCCUACACUCACAACAACAGCUUUCAAAUGCUGCAGGACCCCUCUGACCCCUCAUCCACCCCUUUCAAGGCUGACAAACAGGAAAAGAUCAAGUUAAGCUUUGACAUGACUGCAUCACCAAAGAUCACCCUGGCUAGGACUAUGUUGUCUGGGCCUGGGAUUGGAGGGGUCAUGGCAGGUCGUCGACUGCCUCUCAGCGACAUGCCUCGCUCCCCCAUGAGCACCACCUCUUCUGCAAAUACAGGUUCAGAUGGAGAGGAUACAACAGACAAGUCCCAUGCAAAGGCCACAAACAACCAGGGAUGUGUUGAAGAAGAGUCAGUGGACUACACAGGUCCUCCUCAACCAACUCAAGCUGACAACAUUUUGGAUGGCAACAAACCUUGCAACACCAAGCAAGAGAAGGCAGAGGUGACAGGGAGCAUUUUGAACCUUAAUCUAGAUCGGAGUAAAGCAGAAAUGGACCUAAAGGAACUCAGUGAAACGGUUCUGCAGAAGUUGGGAACCGCCCCUGUUCUCACUUCUCCAAAAAGGCAGAUUAAGAGCCGUUUCCAGAUGAACUUGGACAAAACCAUUGAAAGUUGUAAAGCACAGCUCGGUAUCAACGAGGUCUCUUCUGAGGUAUACAAAGGUGUGGAACACAGUGACUCUGAAGACUCUGAGGGUAAAUCUGACUCUAGUGACACCGAGUAUGCCAGUGAUGACGGACCCAAGGCUGACGAUACUCAGGAUACUGCGCCUACUGACGAAUCCCAAAACAUGAGUAGGGACCAAUCAUCUCUUACCCAAGAGAGUAAAGCCAAUGAGCCUCUGAUAUCUGAGCCUGCAGCCGUAGAUGUUUAUACAGUGCCAUCAGAGUUGCCGGUUCAAGAGACACUUCCAGAGAAAGAUCAUCCAGAUAAGACCAAAUCCCCCCCACCAUUUCCUGUGUCUAGGCAAAAGGGACAGAUGAAAGAAGAUGUAAAGCAACAUGUGCCUGCGGAAGAUUCCGACUCAGAGAGGGAGCUGGUUAUUGACCUUGGGGAGGAGCAGGGGAAAAAGGACAAGAAAAGACGAAAAAAAGACAUCUCUAAUGUUAAAGAGUCAUCUGCUGCUAAACCUGAUGGAAAAUCCCUGACCCCUUCAACAUUACCGUCUCAAAACAGCACAGCCCCUUCCACGCCCUCCAGUGUUGCCUCUCAGUCCCCAAUGGCUAUUCCCGUCACCAUGAUCUCUCUAACUGCGCCUUCUGCUGCAAAUGUUAGCCUUGCCACAGUCUCCAAUGCCCCCGCAACACCACCUUCUUCCUCUUCAUCGUCAGCCUCUACCACCCCGGCACUGAAGAAACAGCGCCCUCUGCUGCCUCGAGAGACAGUCCCAGUAGCGCAGAGUGCCACUGUGUGGACUCCCACCACCAAGCUUCAGGCCCCUUCACAGAAAUGGCACACUCGUCAGCAGCAGGGCCAGCAGCCAGCAGCGGCUGCACAAAUUCAUGCUUCGUCGCCCAGACGAGGCACGACGCAGGCGUCCGUCCAGGCAUCUGACAACGGCUCAACAUCAGUGUUUUCAUCCUCAUCACAACAAUCUUCCCCAAGCACACGUUAUCAGACCAGACAGUCAAUUAAAGCUGUCACGCUGGUGUCCAGCUGUGCUGCCACAGGAUCGUGUUUAGGCACAUCAUCUCCAUCCUCAUCCAUGGAAAUGGAGCAGUACAUACCUACAGCCUCAGCAGAUGUUGCCGCCGAUAUUGCCAAGUACACUAACAAAAUAAUGGAUGCAAUCAAAGGUACAAUGACUGAAAUCUACAGUGACCUCUCGAAGAGCACUUCAGGAAAUACUAUUGCCGAGAUGAAACGGCUUAGAAUUGAAAUUGAAAAGCUACAGUGGUUACAUCAGCAAGAGUUGUCAGAGAUGAAGCACAAUCUUGAGCUUACAAUGGCUGAGAUGAGGCAGAGUCUGGAGCAGGAACGAGAACGCCUGAUGGCGGAGGUGAAGAAAGAAACUGAGGUGGAGAAGCAGCAAGCAGUGGAUGAAACAAAGAAAAAACAGUGGUGUGCAAACUGCAGGAAAGAGGCAAUCUUUUAUUGCUGCUGGAACACAAGUUACUGUGAUUACCCAUGCCAGCAGGCCCACUGGCCAGAGCACAUGAAGUCCUGCACGCAGUCAGCCACAGCGCCACAGCAAGAACCCGAGGCAGACUCGGCGACAGACUUGACAAACAAAGGAGUAGGACAGGCUAACUGUGGACCAAACACUCUCCGAGAAACACCAGUCUCUGCACCAUCAGUGAAACACUGUGACACAGAGACAAGCAGUGACAAUGCUGCUGUCUGUUCAUCUUAACUGUGUGCAGUAUAAUUGAGAUUUGUUUUUUAUCCACUACACUGGUAUAUUGUAUGUAUCUGUUCUCAAUAUUCGUGUUAAAGUGGUUGUAUUCCAAAUGUUUUUUUUACUUAAUUUAUUUCUUGGUUUUACAAUGUAGGGCUCAAUAAUGGCUACUCCUGUAGCGUGCGCAAUGUUUCGAAUGUGUAUACAAGACUGACAGCAGUUGUUUCCAAAAAAAGAGUGGCCAGUUUAAAAAGAAAUGUGCACUACAUGCUGUAUCCAUGCACUCUUUGUGGUGAGUAAUUUUUGAGAGCAUGCAUCAAUUUUUUUUUUUUUUUGUCAGAAGUACAACUGUUAAAAUGGUGUGAAAUGACAGAUACUGUACAGUAAACAAUUUUAAUGGACUACUUCCCAUAAAAGGGUACUAUUGACAAACAUCUGUAUAGUCCAUGUUUCAUUGUUAAUUCUCCUUUCUUUGUUAUUCUUAUGUUGCUUGCUAUAUACUGUACUGCGGAGAGAAGAUAUUUUCAGGAAGCUGCUUAUGUGGUUGAUCUUUGAACAAGUAGACUGCAAUAAGUUAAUUGUUCAGAAAGACCCACUGAGUAUUUUGUCAUCACUAUCACACUCUGAACAGUACCUUUGGUCUUUGUGGUUUGGGUGUGAUUUGAAAAUUGUCUGAUAAAAAGUUGAGCCACU